AUGGCCACAGGCGCCGGUGAGUGUCCCGGAAAGGUCAGUCAGUACCGAGUGGACCAUCUCCUGAGUGCGGUGGAAACCGAACUUCAAGCCGGCAGCGAGAAAGGCGACCCCACGGAGAGAGAACUGAAGGUGUCUCUGGAUGAGAACGAGCUGUGGCAGAAAUUUAAGGAUCUUACAAAUGAAAUGAUCGUGACAAAGAAUGGCAGGCGCAUGUUUCCUGUACUGAAAGUGAAUGUAUCCGGAUUGGACCCAAACGCCAUGUAUUCCUUUUUGCUGGACUUCGUAUCUGCGGACAACCACAGGUGGAAAUAUGUGAACGGGGAGUGGGUUCCAGGAGGGAAGCCGGAGCCCCAAACUCCCAGCUGUGUUUACAUCCAUCCGGACUCUCCAAACUUCGGUGCGCACUGGAUGAAAGCCCCUGUGUCUUUUAGUAAAGUCAAACUUACCAAUAAACUCAAUGGUGGAGGACAGAUCAUGUUAAAUUCCUUACAUAAAUACGAGCCACGUAUCCAUAUUGUACGUGUUGGGGGCCCAAGGAGGAUGAUCACCAGCCACUCUUUCCCGGAGACACAGUUUAUUGCAGUAACAGCGUACCAAAACGAGGAGAUAACUGCGCUCAAAAUCAAGUACAAUCCUUUCGCCAAAGCCUUCCUAGAUGCAAAAGAGAGAAGUGAUAAUAAAGACACAAGAGAAGACUCUAGUGAAAACCAGCAAUCAACCUACUCUCAGUUAGGUGGCUGGUUUAUCCCUGGUUCAGGCUCCCUCUGCCCUCCUGCUAGUCCUCACAGCCAGUUUGGGAACCCCAUCUCCCUUUCACCAUCCCAUGGCUGUGAGCGCUACUCCACCCUGAGGAAUCACCGCUCCACUCCCUACACCAGCCCUUACACCCAUCGGACCAACUCACCCACUGGUUACUCUGAUAACUCUUCGGCCUGUCUGUCGAUGCUCUCCAGCCACGAUAACUGGUCCAGUCUACCGAUGCCAACACACUCCACCAUGAUGCCCAUGAGCCAUAACUCUACAUCUGGCACAAACUCAGGCCAGUACACCAGUCUGUGGUCUGUGAGUAACUCACCUCUAACCCCAGUGUCCCAAACUGGAGGCAUAAACAAUGGCUUGAGCUCCCAGUUUCUUCGAGGGUCCAGCAGUCACUACCCCAGUCUGCCUCACUCCGUCACAGUGCCCCCCUCUGGUUCCCCCAUGUACGACAGCGCCACAGCCACAGAUGUGCAUGACACAGCUCCGUAUGACACCACCCCACACGGCCGAUUACCCUCAGCCUGGACUCCUGUCACCCCACCGUCCCUUUGAUUAAAAAGACACCUUAAAACCACAACAGAAUCAGGAAGAGUCUUUUGCCGUCUCUACAGGAUGUUUGACCUACUGUAACUUAAAAGUAAAAUCAACCCAUAAAGAUUUGUUUCUGAAUUAAGUAAAAAUAUCCCUUUCAGUUUUAGUUAAGUUAAAGAUCUUCACAUUCAGGAAACUCAUGCUUUGUGAAGGUUUUGGAGUUUUUAACCUCAGUCUUCGGUGAAAGUGCCUUAGUUUUGUUUAUUAGAAGUACUAUGUUUUUACCUCCUUAAGAAACCACAAAAUGGAAGUUUGUUUUUCUCUGGUUAAUUGUUCCAGUAUGUUUAUAUGAAAUUU